UACUGAGAUGGCGCAAUUUUCGAAAGACGCGGUAUGGUAUGGGCCGCCCGUGAUACACUUCAGUCGCGUUUGUGGCUGUAUGCGAUUUGACGUAUUCCGCGCGCGGGGAUGACACUUGUCAGCUUAAUUUAUGAAAUGUCAAUCAUUUUACGUGUAAUGCGCGAGUGAACUGUGAACGGUAAACAAAUUAUAAGUGAUAUUGAUGCAGUGAUUUUUUUAAAGGGAGACAUGGACUGUUAUUACUCUAAAUUUUAUCCAAGGCGUAAGUGACAAAUGGAAAGUUUACUACGGUGAUCGGUUCACUCAUGAUGCAUCCGGCCGGAUACUACGCUAAUCUCGCGAGCGGCGCGCUCGCAGCCGGCACCAUUGCGUCUCCCUGGAGCACGGCGGCCGGCGCGCCCGACACCAAUGGAUCGGGCGGCGCCGAUGCCAAGCACCUCGACGUGGGCGAUGCCAGCGACGAUGAGAAGGACUUGUCGGCGACAGACGCAGAGGGUGUCUGGAGUCCGGACAUCGAACAGAGCUUCCAAGAGGCGUUGGCGAUCUACCCUCCCUGCGGGCGGCGGAAGAUCAUCCUCUCGGACGAGGGCAAGAUGUACGGAAGAAAUGAACUUAUAGCAAGAUAUAUAAAAUUAAGGACAGGCAAGACGCGCACCAGGAAACAGGUCUCGUCUCACAUACAGGUCCUGGCCCGGCGGAAACUGCGCGAGAUCCAGGCCAAACUCAAAGUGCAAUUUUGGCAACCCGGACUACAAGCAGGCACGUCACAAGACGUGAAACCAUUCCCGGCGGCAGGGUACAAAGGCGUCCCCGUGCCAGGAGUAGGCGUGCCGGGCGGCACGGACGUGGCGCCGCCACCACCAUGGGAAGGCCGCGCCAUCGCCACACACAAGCUGCGGCUCGUCGAGUUCUCGGCCUUCGUGGAGCACCCCAGAGAUCCUGAUACAUAUCCACCGAGCACAGCGCCGGCGCAACAUUUGUUCGUACAUAUAGGUGGUACUGUAACAUACGCAGAUCCUUUAUUAGAGUCAGUAGAGGUGCAGCAAAUAAACGACAAAUUCCCUGAGAAGAAAGGCGGUCUAAAGGAAUUAUAUGAGAAGGGUCCGCGGAACGCGUUCUUCCUUGUCAAGUUCUGGGCGGACCUCAACACCAACAACCUCGACGACCCCAGCGCCUUCUACGGCGUCACGAGUGUAUACGAGAGCAACGAGAACAUGACGAUAACGUGCAGCACGAAGGUGUGCUCGUUCGGGAAGCAGGUGGUGGAGAAGGUGGAGACGGAGUACGCGCGCUUCGAGGGCGGCCGCUUCGUGUACCGCAUCCAGCGCUCGCCCAUGUGCGAGUACAUGGUCAACUUCAUCCAUAAGCUGAAGCACCUGCCCGAGAAGUACAUGAUGAACAGCGUGCUGGAGAACUUCACCAUACUACAGGUGGUGUCAAACAGAGAUACUCAAGAGACGCUGCUAUGUGCGGCGUUCGUGUUCGAAGUCUCCAAUAGCGAGCACGGAGCGCAGCACCACAUCUACCGCCUCGUCAAAGACUGAACACCGCCCCCUCCCCUACCCCCUCCCCUCCACCAGCUGCCCCCCCUUCCACCCGAUGGACAGGGUAGCACUUAUAUAUUUCAUUUACUUUAUUGUAACGGUCACACUGUCGGAUUUAUUAUGGGUUACUGUUAAGCGGCCUACACACUAUGCGAUUAGAAAUUGGAUACUUUUGGUAUUUAUAUUUUUCUGGAUAUGACUGUAACUAAUUUGUGUUAUAUGUAGUGGAGACUCGAUUUUCCGGACCUCAGUUAUCUAGAUCACAUAUCGGGAUACGCAAGAGUUUUUAAAAGUUAAUAAUACAAAAACCGCUCUUCUCUAUACGUUUAAUCUUUUAUAUUUUUAUUUUUCGAAUAAUACAGCAAUUAGUUCAGUUAAUCCAGUCUUCACUAAUGUAUAUUUUAAAAAAAAACUUUAAAUAAAAUUCUUUAAAUACAUACAUAAAUAUUCUCUUCAAAAAAUACUCUACACCCACUCAAGAUGAGGUUGUAGAUUUUAAUAUUAAAAAUAAAGUAAUAACCGUUUUAUUAAAAUUGUGUAAAUCGGAAUGUGUAACCGUUACACAUCCAAAAUUCCCGACUUCGUGGACCUAUUUCUUUAUUAAAUUUUUACUAGUAGGUCUUUGCAAUAAAAGUCUUUGUCGUGUUCAGCUGACGCGUGUAUUGAAAUAAAGAAAUCGUUAUACAUAUUAUUAUUAUAUUGAUGCGAAUCAAUCAUAGCUAAAAAAUGUGAUCUGAAAAAUUACGCUACAAGUAUUUUUGUAAAUGAAAAUUUAUGUAUAGCUCAAUUUUUAUCUAUCAUAGAGUUAUAUUUUAAUUUAUUCCCAAUCGAAAGGGAAUGUUAUAGCAUUCGUUUUAGAUUUGACUCUAUAUUUAUAUUUUUAAUAUUUUCGGUUGUAAAAUGUUUUUCGUCCAUUAUUUUUCACGGAAUAUCGUUCAGUACCUUUGAGCCCUAAAUGAGUGUAUAAAUAACAAGUUAAGUGAAUAAAAAUAUUAAAUUGAAUACACACAGUGCCUCUAUAAUUAUGUUACAUUAACAUAAAUGAGCAUAUUUGGUCUUUUCACUGUGAAUGUUAAGAAAAAAUUGUCUAAAUGUAGGGUUAAAUGCAGUGAAAAGACUAAAUCUUUAGUGUAGGAUACAGUGAAUAGUUUGAUUAAGUACGAGUAAAUAUAGGGUUGUUAAGAUGUCUAGUGAAUUUUACGAUUCUGAGUACUUGUGGUACAAUUUUAUUCAUUUGUUUUUUCUAUGACAAUUCAAAACCAUUGCCUGUUAUUUUAUUUGUCAUCAAGGAUCAUGAUGAAAAUAUUUUAUUUGUGUUGUAUUUUUUCAUGUUGAUUGUUAAACGGUCAACGUUUUAAAAUUUACAUAUCUACAAAAAUACAACAAAUGUGGCAACUAUAUUUAUUUUCUACUCUUAUUAUAGUUUCAUAUGCUUUAAAAGUUUUUUAUUGUUUUUUUACAAAAUUGAAAGCGUCUUAUACAUUAUAAAGAUUAUGUUUUAACACAAACUCGUGUUGUGGAUAUUUUUCGUUUUAAUAAAUCUUUGCCACACUACAGAAACAAAUUUGUACAUAUAUACAGUGAACAUACAUAAUACAUAUAUAAAACACGUGUUAACAUGUGUAAGAUAAAAUUGUAUCAUAUAAUCGGAAUAACAAUACAAACAUACAAACGCACUGUACAGCUAAACUAAGUAACAUGAAUAAAAUGCCCACGAUUUUUUGGAUUGAAUUUUACGAUCUCUCUUUUAAGAUAAGUAAUGAUGAUUAGUGAUUUUAUGUAAAAUUAUCUUUAUUUCAAGUAUUUUCUACAACAUAUUCUUUAUUAUUAACCUGGCAGCUUAAACUCAUUUCAAAAGCAUAAAAUUUACUUAUUUCGUUUGAGGUACCUACCACUUCUUUAAAUUACCCUUACAAAUAUCUAAAUGAAUAAUUUACUUGCGCUAAAGAUUUUGUAAUUUUUUUCUAUCAUUCGGACUCAAACCUCAAUAACAUCAACAGUACUUACAUAUCUUACGAAAAAAUCAUAUAUUGCUUAACUCUUAAUAUAUAUAAUAAUAAAAUUUAAUGCGAAUGAUAGAAAAAAUAUCCAUUAUGAAAUCUAAUACCGGCCUUGCGCGAAGUAUCUAAUACAAUCAAAUUAGGUUUUCAAUUUUUUCUUAAAAUAUAUUUAUAUUUAUAUUAAACUUUUACUAAGAAUUAUCUUGAAAGUCAAAGUCAAGUCAAAAUAUCUUGUUUUUGUUUGCCGAAGAAAUCAUUAUUUCUCAUGAAUGUUUUAUAGUAUGUCGUAUAUCCGAUACUGAACUAUAAUUUAACAACAACUUAUCUUCGAGUAAAGCUAAAGUUAAUAGAUCUUCCUUCAGGGCCGUUUUUAUCUUCCAAAGUACAAAAGGCGUUAUUUCGUCUCUUCAAAAGGCCUUCCGAUUUUAUACAUUAGUUUACGUGGCAAUGAUUUGAUCUCUCUUUUAGUCAAAUAUUUUUAGGGUCCUCCCGUUAGCGCCAUCGAGCGUUGUGAGCUUAACAUCGGUGACUAAACCUCCAUAGAUUAGGUUGUUUAGGUACUAAAGUCGUCUAAAGACUUCAUUAAUAUUAUUGGUUUGAUUAAACAAAACAUAGUACAGGGUCUUUGUUUUGUGACUGCAAAUCUUUUCACAUAAAAUGAACUAUACUUAUCACAAGAAUUGAUAGAAAUAUUUCAUUCAUUGCUCAAACUACAGAAUGGAAAUAAUGGGAUAGACGUAUGUACAAACUUUCAGCCUCUAUUUCAUUCCAUUUAACUUUGCUACAAAUUUUGUUUAGGUUCAGUGAUUUCAAAAUUUAAUCCUUUUUAUUUUAUUUUAACAAAACAUGUAACAUAAAAAUCAUGAAAUGUUUUGCAUUCAUACUCAGUCUGUAUUGAAGUCGCGUCGUCUAUGGAGGGUUUAUUUGUGCAUUAAAUAGCGUUUAGUUUCAAGACAUGCGGUAGGAAAAUAUAAUCUUAGUUUUAAUUAUAAGAGAUUUUUGUAUUUAUUUCAUAGAUUUAUAUUAGAUAAUUUGUAAAGUGAUUAGAUUUAAGCGUUUUCUUUUUUUUUCUUUUGUUUAAAAUAUGGCGAUGGUCGUUCAAAAAUUCGUAGGCGAAGUUUUCAAGCACUUAGUACUUACUUAAGAUCAACUUAAAUGUUUUGUUGCUUUUAUAUCUAUUCUUUUGAAAUUAAAAUGAAUCAAUUAAUAACUUUGGUUCUAAACGAACGAUUGUGCGAGACAAUAGAAAUAGAUCUGUCUUGUGAUUUUAAUAAAAUAAUUAUUAUGUACUCAAAUGAGAUUAACUGUCCUUUUGCUAUUUAGUUAACUUGAGAGUUCUAAACGACGUUCAGUAGAUAAUGUCCUUAGAUGAUACAAUGUAAAUAGUUUAUUUUUAGUGCAUUUCUUUCAGUUGUAGUUCUAAGUGAUUUCUGCUUCUAAAGUUCUUUCAUAUCGACAAUCUGCCAUAUCAAUAUGAAAAUGAAAAUAUUGUCGGUGGCGUUGAAGAAAAUCAUUUGCAAGCAUUAAAAUGUCCAUUUAUUGUUUUGGUUCAUCAUCAAAAUUCAUCAAAUAUCAGCAAAUGAUUAGCUGCAAGGCUAUCUGACGCGUGUACAGUAUUUUAAAGAUAAAAUUACGUUAAAGAUUUGUAUGAAAAUUUAAUUAUAUUGUCUUCUUAAAA